CCACGCGGAGAAAUUCGAUCGAAGAAGUCACUGGGAGGCUCGUAAGAGAAAUAAUAACAUGAAGACUAUCUCGUUUGUGCUCGCGUGUUCGUUGGUGAUCGGCGUGCAGGCGAUCGGAAGAUACAGGGGAUUAGAGUUUUUGGAACCUUGCUCCAGAAGCGAUUACAACGUGGAGAGUUGCCUUGCUAGAUCGGCCAAUGUGCUCACCGACCGCUUCCGACACGGUUUGCCGCAAUUGGGAUACACAGAGGUGGAGCCCAUCAUCUUGGACGAGCUCCAUAUUGCCCUUGGCGAGGGACCGGAUGGGUACAGGGCUCAGUUCAAGAACAUCACUGCAAGAGGCGUUUCCACGUUACGAGUGACAGGUUUGAGGGCCAGGCUGUCAGACGACGAGGUUCAAUUGCAAUUAGCAUUAAGCAUUCCGAAAAUCAGGGCUGCAGCGAAAUACAGGUCGAGUGGCACCUUGCUUUUAGUCAAGGCGAGCGGAGCUGGAGAUUAUUGGGGCGAAUACGAAGGUGUAAAAGCAAAAGUAUUCAUCAGAGCGAAGCCAUUCCUGGUUCAAGAUCGUCGUUAUUUGAGGUUGCAACAGCUUAAGAUGGAUUUCAGUGUGCAGAAUAUUAAGAUGGGCGUUGAAAAUGUUCGCGACAGCAAUGCUAUAAUUUUGGCAGCGUUGAAUCUUUUCAUUAACACCAACAGCCAGGAAUUGCUGAAAGAGAUGAAACCGGAUCUAAGAAGGAAAUUAGUUCAAGUAAUGACGACUUUCGUGGAAAGGAUCUUUGCUCAGGUACCAUACGAUGCUUGGAUUCUAGAUUAAUUAUGAAAAUUGAUACAAGAUGGCGGUUAACGAGCAAGAAUGACCAAAUAUUUUGUUAAUUGUUAAAGAACAAAAUAACUAAAAUGUCUCCCAUUUUUAUUCAAUCUUUUUUUUGGAAAAGGAUUUUCCACCAAAUGCAAAAAGCAAAA